GACUGAGUCCACGAACGGUUCUCCAAGACUGAAUGCUACAUAUAAUAUUCGAAGUCCAGGUUCUAUGAGCGGGAUUCAGACCUGGCUAAAACCGGAAGCAACCUUUGCUACGGGGUCUAAUGGAGGUGUAUUUAGGGUCUCCUAGCAGCCAAUCCUAGUGCCAGGAGCUUUCAAGGGGGUGUAGCUAUUAAAGCCAGUGGCCAAUAGCAGAGGGCCGUGAGUAGGGUGAGAGCGACCACCUGGUGACGUGAAUCAAGUGCAGCGGCGGUGAGGGGAGGCCGAGGACUCGCAGCGUGUUCCGGGGUUUGUGUUGUUAUUCACAACCAUAGCCCGUACUUCAGCUGCCACCCAUCUUUGAUCCUCACCUGCCGGUAAACGUCAUGGAAGAUUCUCAGAGUGAGCAACAGCGGAUAAUACGACGCCACCACCGCGAGAAAAAAGAGCUGCAGGCCCGCAUCCAGGCCAUGAAGAACUCGGUCCCCAAGAGCGACAAAAAGAGAAGAAAGCAGUUGCUCCUAGACGUGGCCCGCCUCGAGGCCGAGAUGGAGCAGAAGCACCAGCAGGAGCUGGAGAAGUUCCGAGAGAGCUUUCCUGAUAACGGCAACCUCGACUCCGUCACGGAAGAUCUCGCCAAGAUGGAUCUUGAGAACCAGCCUCCCCGGCAGUCCCGGGCACAGAGAAGGCGCGAAAGAAGGGCGGCGCUUGAGAGAGAGCGCCAGGAGAGGAUCACCGAGGCCGAGAUGGAGCACCUGGCUAGCUUCCGCCGCGAAGAGGAGGAGAAGCUCGCCGCCAUCCUAGGAUCCAAGAAUCUGGAGCUGAAGGAUAUCCCGGCCGAUGGCCACUGCAUGUAUCGCGCCAUCCAAGACCAGCUGGUGUUCUCGGUGACGGUAGAGAGCCUGCGGAAACGCACCGCCGAUUACAUGCGCAAGCACGUGGACGACUUCCUGCCCUUCUUCAGCGACCCGGACACCGGCAACGCCUACAGCCGCGAAGACUUCUUGAGCUACUGCGACGACAUCGUGCGCAGCCCCUCAUGGGGAGGCCAGCUCGAGCUGAGGGCCCUGUCGCACGUCCUGCAGACACCCAUCGAGGUGAUCCAGGCCGAUUCGCCCGCUGUCGUCAUCGGCGGGGAGUACACCCGGAAGCCGCUCAUCCUUGUCUACCUGCGCUACGCUUGCAACCUCGGCGAGCACUACAAUUCGGUGAGGCCGCUUGAGGCCGGCGCCGUAGGGGGCGCGGCCCCGCGGCUCUUCUAGGCCGGCCGCUGUCGUAGUCGCCAUUGCUGCCGC